AUGGCUGUGCCACAGGCCGCCAGACGGGUGAGCGGCUGCCACCCACGUGCUAAGGAGAGAAAGAGGCACCGGAUCAAGGGGCAAAGGACAUCUCGAGCGGGCGGGGGCCGGGCAGUGCCCACGUCCACACCCGCUGCUAAAAGCCGGGCCCAGGGCGCCACACACAGAGCCCUCUGCCGCCGGCGCAGGGAAGACGCGGCCGCUGUCGGCUGCCGCCCCGGGAGCAUCCCGCUUGCGCCCCGCGGCCCGGGCCCCCCCUCCGCCCCUCCCCCCGGGGACCCUGUGGCGCUGCCUGGGACCCACCCCGCCCGCGGAUCGCGCGGAAUCCAGGUGAGGGGCGUGGAGGGCAUCAGUGGCAAGCUGGUGUCUCCCAAGUGGAAGAAUUUCAAAGGCCUCAAGCUGCUUUGCCGAGACAAGAUCCGCCUUAACAACGCCAUCUGGAGGGCCUGGUACAUCCAGUAUGUGGAGCGGAGGAAGAGCCCCGUGUGUGGCUUCGUGACCCCCCUGCAGGGGCCUGAGGCUGAUGAGCACCGGAGACCAGAGGCCGUGGUCCUGGAGGGCAAUUACUGGAAGCGGCGCAUUGAGGUGGUGAUGCGCGAGUACCACAAGUGGCGCAUCUACUACAAGAAACGGCUCCGUAAAUCCAGCAGGGAAGGGGACCUCCUGACCCCAAAGCAGGCGGAAGGGGGUUGGCACCCACCAGAGCGAUGGUGCGAGCAGCUCUUCUCGAGCGUGGUGCCCGUGCUGCUCGGGGGCCCGGAGGAGGAGCCCAGCGGGCGGCAGCUGCUGGACCUCGAUUGCUUUUUGUCCGACAUCUCCGACACGCUCUUCACCAUGACGCAGCCCAGCUCCGCGCCCCUGCAGCUGCCCCCUGAGGACGCCUACGUGGGCAAUGCUGACAUGAUCCAGCCGGACCUGACGCCCCUGCAGCCCAGCCUGGACGACUUCAUGGAGAUCUCAGAUUUCUUCACCAGCUACCGCCCCCCACCGACGCCCACGCCCUCACACUUCCCGGAGCCCCCCAGCUUUGGCCCCAUGGCUGACCCUUUCUUCAGCAGUGGGAUCUUGGGCUCAGAGGUGCCCCCUGCCUCGUCGGGCUUGACCCACCUCUCAGGGCAUAACCGCCUGCAGGCCCGGAGCAGCUGCCCUGGCCCCCUGGACUCCAGUGCCUUCCUGAACUCUGAUUUCCUCCUUCCUGAAGACCCCAAGCCCAAGCUCCCACCUCCGCCAGUGCCCCCACCCCUCCUCCAAUACCCGGCCCUUGCCAAGGGGCCUGGCCUAGAGCCCUGUCCCCCACCCACCUACCCCCCCAUGGCUCCUCCCCCUGCUUUGCUGCAGGAAGAGCCUCUCUUCUCUCCCAGAUUCCCCUUCUCCACUGUCCCCCUGGGCCCAGGAGUAUCCCCACUGCCUGCUCCUACUGCCUUCCCACCCACCCCACAGCCGGGUCCAGGCCCGGCCCCUGGCCCCUUCCCCAUAGACCUUCUGCCCUCAGGGUAUCUGGAGCCCUCAUUUGGGCCCCACUUCACAGUGCCCCAAGGCAUGCGGCCCAGAGGCAGGCCCCCCACCCCAUCCCCUAGAGGGCGGAAGCCCAGCCCCCCGACCUUGGCCCCUGCCACUGCCAACCCCACUGUCACUGCUGGGGGCAGCAACCCCUGCCUCACACAGCUGCUCACAGCAGCGAAGCCCGAGCAGACCCUGGAACCAGCACUUGUGUCCAGCACCCUCCUCCGGCCCUCAGGGUCCCCGGUAAGAUGGCGGGCACUGGGAGGUGAGGGGAGGACCCAGGGCUUCACCCCAACUCUCCGCCCUUCUCCACCCCAGCAGGAGACGGCCCCUGAAUUCCCCUGCACCUUUCUACCCCCGACCCCGGCCCCCACACCGCCCCGGCCACCUCCAGGCCCGGCCACACUGGCCCCUCCCAGGCCCCUGAUUGUCCCCAAAGUGGAGCGGCUCUCGCCCCCAGCGCACAGCGGUGGUGAGCGGCGGCUGUCUGGGGAGCUCAGCUCCAUGCGGGGCCCGGGGAUUCUGAGUGUCUGCGUCUCUCCCCCUCAACCCAUCCUAAGCCGGGGCCGUCCAGACAACAACAAGACUGAGAACCGGCGCAUCACCCACAUCUCUGCAGAGCAGAAGCGGCGCUUCAACAUCAAGCUGGGGUUUGACACCCUGCACGGGCUGGUGAGCACACUCAGUGCCCAGCCCAGCCUCAAGGUGAGCAAAGCAACCACGCUGCAGAAGACAGCCGAGUACAUCGCCAUGCUGCAGCAGGAGCGUGCGGCCUUGCAGGAGGAGGCCCAGCAGCUACGGGACCAGAUCGAGGAGCUCAACGCUGCCAUUAACCUGUGCCAGCAACAGCUGCCCGCUACUGGGGUGCCCAUCACACACCAGCGUUUCGACCAGAUGCGAGACAUGUUUGACAACUAUGUCCGUACCCGGACGCUGCACAACUGGAAGUUCUGGGUGUUCAGCGUCCUCAUUCGGCCUCUGUUCGAGUCCUUCAACGGGAUGGUGUCCACUGCAAGCUUGCAGAGCCUCCGCCAGACCUCCCUGGCUUGGCUGGACCAGUACUGCUCCCUGCCCGCUCUCCGGCCAACUGUCUUGAACUCUCUCCGCCAGCUGAGCACAUCUACCAGUAUCCUGACAGAUCCAGGCUGUAUACCUGAGCAGGCCACACGGGCGGUCACAGAGGGCACCCUUGGCAAACCUUUAUAGUGCUGGCCAGACACUGCAGCUCACUCAGCGGCCCCGGGGCUGCUUUCCCUGGGCGUGGGCUCCAGGGACAACUUCUGGGCACUCCCUUCCUGCCCCAGGCCCUGGCUGUCCCCUUGCCUGAGGGUCUAGCAGGGCCCAAAUCUCUUCCACCUCCUGAAAGCCAGAAAGAGCUACGUUCUAGUCGCUGCCCCACCAGUGACGAACACUGUGACCUGGGGGACUCGUGUUCACUGUUGGGACCUCCAUUUUCCAGUCUGCAAAAUGGGGCUGGAGAAGCUUCAACCAGAUGAUGAUCCCAAGGCUAACUUAGCAGCUGUGCCACUUGGAGCUGAAGCUGGCAACUCAGGGAGCUUGGAGGAGGAAGGGGGAUGAUCCUGUUUUCUUGCCUCCCCCACCUGCUUCCUGCCUCCCCCGGGUAGGACACAGGCAGAAAAGGAGGUUCCCACUCUCUGCUCCUUCGCUGGUCGUCCAUGUGGGGUGGGGUGCUGCAGGAUGGCAUCCCUGGGUGAGGCCAGGAAGGUCUGAUCCCAGGAGAGAGCAGGGCAGAGGGGUGGCCAAACCAGGGGCAGGCAUCUUGUGUGCGUGUGGAUGCGUGUGUGUGGAUUUUGUAAAGAAUUCUUGCCAAUAAAACCAAAAACUGUUGGGGACUGUCAGUGUGUCUCACUCUGGGAUGGAAAGAGAGCCAGUUGGCCGUGGGAGGUGGCCUUGAAAGGACCUUAGCUUUUCCUCUGAGCUGGAAGCCACUGGAAGGUUUUGAGUAGUGGUGGGACAAGGUCAGAUGUUAAGUUCUUAACAGGAUCCCUCCGGGUGCCGAGCCGAGAAUAGGCCACAGGAGGGCAAGGAUAGAAGCAAGUUUUAAGCUGUUGCUAUCAUCCUGGUCAGAGAGGACAGACACUCGUCCUGGAAUUCCUCUCUCCAUGGCCAGGAAAAGGUUCAGAAAGGCUUACCAUCUUCCAAGCUGGAAGAGGGCAGAGCCGAGCCAAGGAGUAGAAGGGACAGGGCCCUCCAUUGGAACCAUCCAGAAGGAGAACAGGCUGCCACUGGGGGUGGUGACCUCCCCAUUAGGCGAGAUGUGCAAGCGGGAGGGGGGUGGCCACUUGGUCGGGAUGUCUUAGAAGGAACUAUUACUUCAGAUGGGGAAUUGGGGUGAGUGGCCCCAGUAUUUCAUUGAUUCUUUUAUUGAGCCAUUGAACAAAUCUUUUCUGAGGGCCCGCCGGGGACCAGGCGAUGGUCUUGGUGCUGGGGAUUCUGUUCGCUGCUGGAUCCCUCUCCUCAUUGGGCUGAGUCAAGCCUCUCACAUCUCAGGACUUCUGCAGAUGCUUCCGUGGCCACUGACUUCCCCUCAUUUGUGUGGAAUCACAACGCAGAUAACAAUACUAACUACACACUCAUCUAAUGUUUACUCUGUGCCAAGCACUAUUUUAAGCACUUUAUGUAUGUAUGUGAACUCACUUAUUAUAUAUUAACAUCCACCUCUAAGGGCCGGUUGUGAGGAUUUCAGGGUAA